AUGUUUUACUAUCUCGCUCCAAGGCUAGCCGAUGACUGUCCAAUCAAGGUAGCCCGGCACAUCCAGUGCUUUUUCGACCGAGCGGGCUAUGGUUGCGGCGAGGAAUGGAUCAGCUCGGGUCGUAUCGUAGUCGAUGCUCUUCGGUACCUCGCCUGCUCGCUGGAUCUCUCUCUUUUUGCCCUGCACCUCAUCAACGGUACUCUUGUCCCCGUGACAAUGUCUGACGGUCCGAUUCGGAAGGCCUGCGAUCGGUGUCAUAGGCAGAAGCUCAGCUGUAAGCGCGUCGGCGAUGAAGCUUGUGAGCGCUGUAUCAGACUCAAGGAAGAGUGCACUUCGAGCCCUUCUCUGCGGUAUCGCAAGCAACACAGUCAGCAGCAGCAGCAGCAGCACCACCACCACAACCACAACCACCACCAAUACGGCUCAACAGGAGAGGUUGUACGAAGAGCCAUCCCGACUCCCAAGCGGCAGCGUACAGAGAGCGGGGCCGCCCAAGUCACACAGUCCGAUCAAGUUAUCGUCAAGACCCAACAUGGUGGUCCCGUCUGUGGUAACACGGCAUUCGGAGACAAUGCUGUCGUUUCACCUGAGGCCAUGCUUGACAUGGUCGAUUUCGACUUUGGCUUCGGCAACUCUGCCGGCCUCUAUCAACCCAGCACAAACCAACAACAAUUACCCCAGACUUUCACCGGAGCCAUGGACGAUCUGAUGUCAGGACAUGGAGAUUCCAUUACCCAUCCGUGGAGCCCAGUCCACUCGGCAACUUCAGACUCGGCAUUCACCUCACCCAUGGCACCGCAAGCAGACCAGGUCGGCCGGGUCUAUCUCGGAAGCCCUGCGUUGCAAAGGCAAUCUUCUUCAAGAUCGAGUAAGCCGCAUGACUUUACUCCACCACGGCGAGCAAGGAAGCGUGUCAAGCAAAGAACAAGGCAGAUCAUGCUCCGGCCGUACGCUGCUGGCCAAGGACCAUCGACUGGAGAGUGGAUGCCGCGCAUCACCGAAGUCAACUCCAGGCUCUUUGAGCUCUCGUCAAACCUACCCGCGCACAUCGACUCAUCCGAGGAGCCCGGCCGAUCCAGCAUAGCCUCAACGCCCGAUGACGGAAGCUCUACCUCGGCGCCUUUCCCAGUUGAUGAGAUGUUCAAACUCUCUCGACACUUUGCUGACCUUCUUGCGGAAAUGUCUCCACCGAUGGAGGCCGCCUCUCCCGCAAGCGAUGGCGGGAACUCUGUACUAGCCAAAGGACUCAACUCCUUGUCGGAUCCGGCGACCUGUCUCUUCGUCCUCUCGACGUAUGUUCGGCUUCUAGACAUGUACCAGAAGGUCUUCAGCUGCAUUCACUCAGAGCUAAAUCAGCUUGAGUCGGGUCACCUGUUUCAGUCAUGGAAACUUCCUGGCGUCACCGUGGGCUCCUUUGCCGUCGACUCGGCGCCGUCCCUCCAGAUGUCUCUCACGAUUCAGUUAGCGGAAGAGUUUCUUUUACAGAUGCGGCGAGCAUCUGCAUCACUCGAUCCGACUCUGCGAUCGGAUGGUUCACCAGCGGGAAAGGCCCCUGAUGCAGCCUCAAUGUUCUCUGGAGUAGUCGAUGUCUCAUUUCAGGCACUGAAGAGGCAAGAAGAAAGCCUAGGCAAGGAACUAAAGGAUCUACGGAAGGCAAUGGAGACUUCUCUCGACGGAUGA